CUACAGAUCUCCACCAGCCUUCUAAAGCAUGUGACAAAUGGCAUCAAUUCACAAUACUUCUUUCAGCAGAAAAGAAUGAAGUUUAAGGAAACAGGAAUAAAAACUCAGAGCAGCACAGUGGGAAAUGUUUCUAUUUCACUCCCACAGAAUGCAAGAAUAAUUCUGUGAAACUUCAGUAAACGCUUUUUAAAACAAUUCUGGUUUGUGAAAACAUUCCUAACUAAAAUAGUGUUUAUCUGAUGAUGAGUAAGUGAAAAGAGCUGAAAUAAGAAUAUAAACAUUUGAGAGUGAUUGGAAAGGGAGAAAUAGCGCAGGUCUUAAAGAGACUUGCUAUCUGACUGUACUUGGCAUUUUGGCCAUGAUAGGGCCAUCCCAACAGUGUGUUUACAAGGGUGCAGGCAAUUUCCCACCAGCAAUUUCCCAUUUUUUUAAAUAUGAAGAAGCAGUCAUCACCCUCCUCUGCUCAUCAUCUGACUCAGGCUGUACCGAUGGAGCCCUUCUCAGCAUCAACCAACAGCUUCACCGUGGACCUUUACAGAAAGCUGGAUGAAACAUCCAAAGGACAAAACAUUUUCUUUGCUCCUUGGAGUAUUGCAACUGCUCUCGCUAUGGUCCAUCUAGGUGCAAAAGGUGACACGGCAAUGCAGAUAGCAAAGGUUCUUCAUUUUAACCAGACUGCAAGAGAAGAAAGCCCUUCUGAGAGGACAGCUCCUUCUCUGGGGAGACCAAAGAAAAGAGACAUGGGUGCUGAGUAUGAGGAAACUGAAAACAUCCACUCUGGCUUCAAAGAAUUCCUUUCUGCCAUCAACAGACCUAGAAACACUUACUUACUGAAAAGCAUUAACCAACUGUUUGAGGACAAGACCUACCCAUUACUGCCUAAAUUUUUAGAACUCAUCACAAAAUACUACCAAGCAAAGCCACAAGCUGUGAACUUUAAGACAGAUGUGGAACAAGCCAGAGCACAGAUCAAUUCCUGGAUUGAAAACGAAACUGAGAGGAAGAUCCAGAAUCUGCUACCUGCAGGAUCUCUUGAUUCUCAUACUAUAUUGGUCUUAGUAAAUGCUAUUUACUUCAAAGGAAACUGGGAAAAGAGAUUUCUGAAAAAAGACACAUCUGAGAUGCCCUUCAGAUUAAGCAAGACCAAGACUAAACCAGUACAGAUGAUGUUUCUGAGAGAUACAUUUUUGAUACUCCAUGAACAAACAAUGAAAUUCAAAAUUAUUGAGCUGCCGUAUGUGGAAAAUGAAUUCAGCAUGUUCAUACUCCUACCAGAUGACAUCAGUGAUAACACUACUGGGCUGGAGCAGGUAGAAAGAGAGCUAACCCAUGAAAAAUUAGCUGAAUGGUCAAACUCAGCCAUGAUGAUGAAAGUCAAAGUUGAACUCUACCUGCCCAAGUUGAAGAUGGAAGAAAAUUAUGAUCUUACGUCCACUUUGAGCAACAUGGGGAUCCAAAAUGCUUUUGACCCUGUUCUGGCUGAUUUCACAAGGAUGUCAGCUAAGAAGGAUCUCUUCAUAUCAAAAGUUAUUCACAAAGCUUUUGUUGAGGUCAGUGAAGAAGGUACUGAGGCAGCAGCUGCCACAGGUGUCCUGGUGAUGAGGUCAAGAACACCUAGAGUAACUUUUAAAGCCAACCACCCUUUUCUCUUCUUCAUCAGACACAACAAAUCCAAAACCAUCCUCUUCUUUGGCAGACUCUGCUCACCUUAG